AUGGAAGAGACGCCGUUAGAGCAAAAAUAUAUAGACAUAGCAAUAUAUGAAGAGAAAUUUGAAAAAGAUACAUCAACCCAUAAUUAUGAUGUCCAGAAUGAGUUAUUUGUUGAUUAUACGGAUAUAUUUACGACAAACAUGAUAUUUACAAGUAAAGAUGCUUUGAUUGAUUGGAUUAAAACUACUGGUAAGAGACAUAACAUGAUUGUUGUUAUAAAAAAGUCCAACUUCGGCCAAGUUGGGAGAAAACCAAGAAUUGAUUUUGCAUGUGAAAGACAUGGUUCAUAUAGGUGUAGGUAUACUAACAAAGAAAAUGAAAAACGAAAGAGACGAAGAACUAACGGAACAAAAAAAUGUGGAUGCCCAUUCGCAUUGAAUGGAAGAAAAUUGAUAAAUGGUGAUUAUUGGAUAUUGAAAGUGAAAUGUGGGAGACAUAAUCAUGACAUUGCCCAAAACCUUGAAGGACAUUCAUAUGCUGGGAGAUUAACUGAGAAAGAGACUUCAAUUUUAGUAGACAUGUCGAAGAAUCAUGUAAGACUAAAGGAAAUAUUAUAUACAUUGAAACAAAAUGAUGACACAAAUGUUAGCACAAUGAGGCACAUCUACAAUGCACGUCAGAAGUUCAGACUCAAAGAACAAGCUGGAAGGACACAAAUGCAACAACUAAUGAAUAGACUUGUUGAGAACAAGUACAUAGAGUGGCACUGCAUCUCUAUGGAGAUGAAUUUAGUUCAAGAUUUAUUCUGGGCACAUCCAUAUUCAGUAGAUUUGUUGCAGGCUUUUCCUCGUGUGAUAAUUAUGGAUUGCACGUAUAAGAUAAAUAGGUAUCGCCUACCGUUGUUGGAAAUAGUAGGUGUCACUUCUAUUGAUUUAACAUUUUCGAUCGCUUUUGCAUACUUGGGAAAAGAAUGUGAGGAAAACUACGCAUGGGCUUUAGGGAGAUUGAAGAGUUUAAUGAACGAUAUAAUAAUGCCUAGUGUUAUUGUUACUGAAGGCCAUUGA